UUGCUCUGACAGUAUAAUGUCAGAGCAAGAGGUCAUAGAUUUAAUUUUGAUUAACUUUGUUGUUCAAGACGCCCUUAGUCAUAAAAUAUUAUAAAAGGUGGAGUUAAGUAUGAGCUAAUGGAAACACAGGAGGGCUAUGGUUCCGCACCCCUGCCUAAUUCAAUUAGUAUCGAAUGACGGUUCGGAUUUCCUAACAACGGAUACAGUUUGCAUAAUGUCUCUAUUACAAUAUAACGUGUAAUUCAUAAAAGUUUUUUUUUAACAAAAUGGCAGUUUUUUCAUACAUUUUCGGUCUUUUGAUCGCGUGUCUAUCAUACAUAGUGUACCAGAAAUAUGUGAAUGUAUACCCCAGCUUAGUGAAGAAACCAGAUAAACGAUAUGAUUACAUUAUUGUGGGCGCCGGCACGGCGGGAUGCGUGCUCGCCGCGCGGCUCUCGGAGAACCCUGGCACCAGGGUGCUGCUGGUGGAGGCCGGAGACCAGAUGGGCUACUUCACCAAGAUCCCGCUGACUGCCACCGCGGCGCAGCAGGGGCCUAACGACUGGUCUGUGAGGACCACUCCACAGAAGUACUCUUCGUUUGGGAUGUGGAAUCAGACAUCACUAAUCCCUCGAGGCAAGGGCCUGGGCGGCUCCGGCCACAUCAACUUCCUGCUCCACGGGUUCGGGCUCCCUGCAGACUAUGAGCGCUGGACCCAACUUGGCUUCUCAGGCUGGACUCAUGAAGCGCUGAAGCCCUACUUCGUGAAGGCCUUUGGGACCACGGAAAGCGAGUUCGAUUCAGAAUACUGUCCGGAUGUUGGUGAAUGCUUGAGUGCUAAGGCCCCAAUGAAACUGAAGCUAAUAGACAGUCACAACGAGCUGCUCCAAGUGUUCCAAGCCGCCUCCAGGAUGCUCGGCAAGAGCAGGGUCCUGUUCCGGAGGCCGACGGCGACGGUCCGGGACGGGACCCGACACUCCACGCUGGACGGGUAUCUGAAACCUGCGCUGAAGAGGAAGAACCUUCAUGUGCUGUUGAAGACGCAGGGGGUUUCUAUAAGAUUUGAAGACAGAAAGGCAGUAUCUUUGUACAUACUGAAGAAGCACAUAGACUUGGACAACAUCUUCGUGAACAAAGAGAUCAUUAUUUCUGCUGGCGCCAUCAAGUCUCCACAACUGCUAGUUUAUUCCGGUAUAGGACCCAGGGAAACUCUUCGAAGACUGAAGCUAAGUCCCGUAGCUGAGAACGAGCACGUGGGCGCUAACCUGCACGACCACAUGAACAUGCCGCUCUACGUCAGCAUCAAGAAACCGAUCAGCAUCACUCUGGCCAAGGUCUUCUCUUUCGGCACUGUUUGGGACCACUUUUGGAAGAGCAAAGGUUUCCUGUCGUUUCCUCCGGUGGCCGGCAUAGAGUAUCAGAACAACAACACGUCGGCGCUCAUGCUGUUCUCCAUGGGCACGGCGAGCGAGAAGCUGCUGAGAGAAAUAUCCAAUUACAGACCUGAGGUAUUCCGCGACUCUUUCCCUUUCCACAACCACUCGUCCAAGGAGGGCUUCAUGUUCCUGUCCACGUGCGCCCAGCCCCGCUCGCGCGGCUCCGUCAGGGUGCUGGACAUCAGCACCCGCGUGCCGCCCGCCGUGGACCCGGGGUACCUGAAGGACAGCUGGGAUGUGCAGUGCAUGGUUAAAGCACUUCGCAGAGCAGAGCGUCUGGUGUCAUCACCUCCGUUCCAGGAGAUCGGUGCGCGGGUGCACUGGCCGCGGCCGGAGCGGUGCCGCGCGCUGUGGACGUACUCCAAGGAUGACCAGCUAGGAGUGGUCAGGAGGAAGAAGGACAAAACCACUACAAGCAGACCUCCCGUCAAAGACUUGCGUCCUCCGGAUGCGUACCUCGAGUGCAUCAUCAGAGAGAUCGCGGUGACUGGGCACCACGUGGGGGGCACCUGCGCCGGGGGCACGGUCGUGGACCAUGAGCUCAGGGUGAAGUCAGUGCGCGGCGUGCGCGUGGUGGACGCGAGCGUGCUGCCGGCGCCCGCGUCGCUGUUCCCCAACUCCGUGCUGGUGGCCGUGGCCGAGCGGGCCGCCGACAUCAUCAGGAACAGGAUAUGAACCAGUUUACGCAGAGUCACUGUAGCUCGACC